UUCUUUAUACCUACUUCUUAUUCCGAUUUACAAAUUUUUGGCUCCCAACUUCCUAUUCAGCAAUUACCAAGUGAUGAGCCUUUUCAAAGAUCUAAAUUAUCUGAAUGUGAUUUGCGAGAUAGUGUAAAUGGAUCGACAGUUAAUACCAGUCAUAUAGAGUUUAGCGAAGAAUUAUUUGAGUCAAUUUCUGAAUCUUGUGAUUUACAAUUAGAACAAUCGGAUAAUAUAGAUAGUACAAAUGCUGACAAGUUAUUAAUUGAGGAAAUUGUUAACCUUUCAAGUUACGACAGUUACAACACAAAAAUUAGAUUACAACUAUAA